UCCUGUGUUUUCUCUGGUUAGGAACCACGGCGGAGAAGAGGCUUAUUUUGAAAUCCCCGACAGGAUGUGUGUCUUGUUUUGGCUGAAGUAGAGAGGUCCACCUGCUGCAGCAGAGCUGGAGCAGCGCUGAUCCGCUGAUUGAGGAGGCAGACCUGAUGACUGAAUGAACGGAGCCCUGCUCCCAGUAGCUGGAGAGAGACUUGAACACUGUUCUGCUUUAAAUACGCCGCGCAUUUUUGCUUCAGAAUGAUUUUAUCACUGACAUGUGUGGUGGAUUUUUGUCCUGAUAUCUUUAAUUGAAGCGCAGAAAUAUUGCCGAAGGUGCCACAGCGGACAUAUCUGUUCUACUGGCGGCGACCCCCGCAUGUCCACUUUGUCAGAUGAUGGAGGCUGGCCUGUAAGGAUCUAAUUCUACGAGGGCCAGGGGGUGGGCGGACAGGGGCUUGGCAGGAAUUUCGCCAAAAUUACGACGACAAUCAAGUACAGUGCACUGUCUCCCGGUACCGGGGGAGACCACCGGGCGCUCGUUAUGUCUCGCGCCAAGGAGCGGCUGAAAUCUGGAAAGGAGACCAAGGACAGCGUCACUCUGCUGCCGUGCUUUUAUUUUGUGGAGCUCCCCAUCCUGGCCUCCUCAGUUGUCAGUCUUUAUUUUCUGGAGCUGACCAAUAUUUUCCAGCCAGUGCAUUCUGGGUACAGUUGUAAUGACCGCAGCCUAUCGUUGCCCUACAUCCUGCCAAGACAGGAAGUCUGCCCACUCCCAUUGCUCUUCAGCUUGGCCUUUGCAGCUCCAACAGUCACAAUCCUGAUAGGAGAAGCCAUCCUCUACUGUUAUCUGUCCAGGAGGUCAUCAUCAACUCAGACUGAGGCCAACAUCAAUGCUGCAGGCUGUAAUUUCAACUCCUACAUUCGCAGAGCUCUCCGCUUUAUAGGCGUCCACAUCUUCGGCCUGUGUGUAACAGCACUAAUAACGGACAUCCUUCAACUGUCCACUGGGCAACAUACACCCUACUGGUUAGAUGUGUGCAAGCCCAAUUUGACCCACAUUAACAUGUCCAGCUGUGAUGAAGCUUUUAUUCUGGAAGAUAUCUGCUCUGGACCAGACGUUGGGCUCAUCAACGCUGGGAGGAAGUCUUUUCCAUCCCAACAUGCUACACUGGCUGCCUUUGCUGCUGUCUACAUCUCUAUGUACUUCAACACAGUGCUGACAGACUCAGCCAAGCUGCUGAAACCUCUGCUGGUCUUCUCAUUUGUCAUGUUGGCCAUCCUGGCUGGAUUAACCAGGAUCAUUCAGUUCAGAAACCACCCUGUGGACGUGUACUGUGGUUGGCUACUGGGAGCUGCCAUCGCUGUUUACCUGGGUGUAUACGCAGUAAGUAACUUCAAGCCAAGUCAAGAUCGCUCCAGAAGUCGAUUGAAUCCUCCCAUUCUUAGAGAGCCGCCUCUCUCUUCUCUCCCCAAUGUCAGCCAAUCAACAGUUAGCAACAGCCAUCAAGGCCACCACACCCUGGUCCCCAGCCCACCAAAGUCUAUCAUUACAAGAACAUCCUCCCAUACAUUGGCCGCUGACCAUCCAGUACCGAUCCUAACGCGUAGCUCCUCUUAUCGAGAGCCAUCUAUGAGCAAUCUGAAGAGAGCCAGCGCUGAUGUGGAGGUGAUCACUCAGUGCAGUCCACCUGGAAACCGUGACAACAUGAUGACUUUCAGCAGCAGCACACUACCAAGAUCUCAUGGAGGAACUUCAGCAGAGGAGGGUCGUAUUCCACGGCGCCAUGCCUCCAUCCACACCUCCAUGGACUCCGCCCGAUCCAAACAGCUGCUCAGCCAAUGGAAGAACAAGAAUGAUAACAGGAAGCUAUCAAUGCAGGUGAUGGAUGGAAUAAGGCCACUUCCUUCUUCUCCCCAGAGGAACAUGGAAUUCCGUUGCUCCUCCGAGCCAUCCGCCAUGGGCCUGGAGGCUGAGCUACGGUCUGGAGCCCACAUGCCUUCAUCUUCAGGCCAGGAAGUGGAGAUGCGUGCUGGGGCCCACAUCCCGGCGCAGUACAUGAAGCUCGCAGCAAGCUCCGUCCCUAUUAGCAAUCAUAAUCACCUGGCACAUAAUGGCAGCACCGGAAUGGCUGGUGGGGCCAGAGUUUCCAUCCAACCUCGCCCUGGAUCCUCCCAGCUGGUUCACAUUCCUGAGGAGGAAAAUCCUAACAGCAAGGAUCAGGAGAGUGAAUCGGAGGACAGCAUGAUGGACGGUGGUGGAUCAGUAAGAGAAAAAUGGCUUAGAGUGGCUGAGAAGACCACCCUUCCUUGCAGACCCCUCAGUGCUGGAGGACAGCCUCGUCUAAUGCAGGUCAUAGCCUUAUCCAAACAACAAGGUCUCCUUCACUCCCCUCGGUCUGAAGAUGGUGGUUCUAUUCGGUACAGAGCACUGGCAGACCAAGAUCCAUCUCCACCAGCUUCUACCACUGGGGCAAUCGGCAUUGGUGGAGGAGGUGGUUUGGAAAGAACUGGCAGUAUAGUUCGUGUAGAAGCUCACCCAGAAUCCAGACAAAGACCUGUGGUGAAACCUCCAAGUAUAGAUGGCAGUGGCUCAUGGCGAUGGAAACCGCCCGAACAAAGAGCAUCCCUGCGACAGUCAACUUUUGCCCUCAAUGACCUCAACAGACACACAGACAGCUGUGAUUCUCUGAGGGAUGGCGGCUCAGUGGAUGGAAGGAGGAGUGUGACAGGGACUGAAUCAGAGAGCGAAGGUGGAGGGGACGUCGGGGGAGGCGGGGGAGGAGGCAUAUACACCAAUCAUCCACGUGUGGUGCACCCUUUGCAACCCCAACACCCAAAUAAUCCUAACAAUUACCAGCACCUCAAUUUUAAUCCCAGCAAUCCUAAUAAUCCAAGCUUUAACAAUGCUCAUCCUAAUUUUAACCCCAGCUCUACCAAUUCCAACAUGUCUUUCCCUUCCACAGUCACUUUUGCUCCUCCCUUCCACCCUUACCCCCAAGCAGUCACUACUAUUAGGGUCACACCAGUGGAAGCUACAGCUGCAAGCAGUGACGGAGGUUCAGACUGCCAGUCGGUAGCCUCAUCCAGCCGUGAGUCCACUCUUAGAAGAAAGGGCAGUGCCAACAUCGUCCAUGUCCAAGACCGAGGGCCCACCCCGGAUCUCUACAACAAUCAUCGCCCCAGUGAUGACAGCAAUCGCCUUGAGAACGAGAGCAGCAGCCGUUUCCAUGAAAACCUUCGAAAUUUUCAAGAAAAUCCAAUCCAACCUAACUUCCCUAACAGGCAGAUGCAGGCCGUGUUUGGCCGUCCAAACCCAACUCCUCCCCCUACUCUGCCCCGCCCCCUCCUCACUCACACUCCACCUCCUACUUUGGGGCUGGCCUAUAAGGAAUGAGUCAUCCGUCUGUACCCAUGUUUUAAAAAAUUUAUUUAUUUGGAGGAAUGUGGAGGUAUAUCUAUCCACCCUCCAGGAUCAACUCACAGGGAAAUGGUGGAAAUUAUUUAUUCUCCCACAGCAGUGAAAAUUCAGCCAGCUAUUUGUUCCGACUAACACCAAAAGUUGUGAAGUUUAGGGCCUGGGCUCUAUGUGUAACAGUUUGAGUGAAUUUUUUCAUUAUUUUUGUUAUGAUUUAAAUUUAGAUUUUUUUAAAUCAAAGCCUAUUGGAAAGGCUGGAUAACUCAUUUGAAACAAUUGCUUCAUAGGCACAUGGACAAUGGGCUAAAUAAACUGAGGACCACCUCACUCAUCUCAUAAAGAGAGAUGGUAAUCUUUGAGGGAACAUGACCACAAGGAUACAUUUAAUCUCAACCUGCUAUCCUCUACCUGCAAGAUCAAUGACGAUUGGAUUAAGAAAUUAUCAUUUAGAGAUUUCUCAGUUUUAUACUGUCACUAAAUAAACCAACAACAUGGGAACUUUACAGAGUUUACACAUGAUCUUAGACAGAUAUUUACAUUCUAGGACCAUCCCUGUGAUGUUUUUGUAUAUAAUGUCAGGUCACAACUCUGAAGGAAAUAAACCCCUAAUCUUAAGUGUGAGUGGGCACAGUGCUGAGUCCAGUCAGAGCAGUAUAUUAUAGGUGACUGUGGUAUUGUGUUUGUGGCGGCAAAGAUCAAUAUCAUUAGUUACAUAUUGUGUUAAAUAUAUAAUAAAAAAUGUUGUCUUUUUUUCCUUUAAA